AUGAAUACUCUUCGAAGGGCAUCUCUCAGUAAGCCCGAGGAGGCUGGCAAGGCAUGGCCUGCUAUCGCCAUUGGAGCCUUUGUCGCCUUUGGUGGUGUUCUCUAUGGAUAUGAUACCGGUACCAUUUCUGGUAUCCUGGCUAUGCCAUACUGGCAGCGGCUCUUCAGCACCGGAUACAUAGAUGCCAACGGCAACCGUACUAUUACAACAGCUCAGGAGUCAGGCAUUGUCUCGAUCCUUUCUGCUGGAACCUUCUUCGGCGCUCUAUCAUCUCCGUUCAUGACUGAUUAUAUCGGUCGUCGUCCUGGUCUUAUGAUUGCUACCUGGGUUUUCAACCUGGGUGUUGCUCUUCAGACUGCUGCUACUGCUAUUCCCAUGUUCCUGGCUGGUCGAUUCUUUGCUGGAUUCGGCGUUGGUCAGAUCUCUGCUAUUAUUCCCCUCUACCAGUCCGAGACAGCACCAAAGUGGAUUCGAGGUGCCAUCGUCGGUUCAUAUCAAUGGGCCAUCACCAUCGGUCUCCUACUCGCAGCCAUUGUCAACAAUGCUACAGGUGGACGCAACGAUACAGGCUCUUACCGCAUUCCUAUCGCUGUCCAGUUUCUCUACUCCCUCAUCCUCUUCUUCGGCAUGCUCUUGCUGCCCGAGACUCCUCGAUUUCUCAUCAAGAAGGACCGCCAUGAAGAUGCCGCCCGCGCUCUUUCCAAGAUCCGCCGUCUCACACCAGAUCAUCCUGCUAUUCAGGCUGAGAUUUCUGAGGUUAGAGCCAAUCACGAGUAUGAGAAGACCCUUGGCACAGCCUCUUACCUGGAUUGCUUCAAACCUCCUAUUCUGAAGCGUCAGUUCACGGGUUGCGCUUUGCAGGCACUCCAGCAGCUCACCGGUAUCAAUUUCAUCUUCUACUACGGUACCAAGUACUUCCAAAACUCGGGUAUUUCCAGCGGUUUCGUCAUUUCCAUGAUCACAUCAGCCAUCAACGUCGCCUCAACCAUCCCUGGAAUGUACGCCAUCGAUAAAUGGGGUCGACGACCUCUUCUCUUCUGGGGUGCCAUUGGCAUGUGUGUCUCACAGUUCAUCGUUGCCAUGUGUGGUACAUUCUCCACAGGCCAGAACGCCGACGGAACCAUCUUCGUCAAGAACUUGGCUGGACAGAAAGCCGCUGUCUCUUUUGUCUGUAUCUACAUCUUCUUCUUCGCCUCUACAUGGGGUCCCCUGGCUUGGGUCGUCACUGGCGAGAUCUUCCCUCUCAAGACCCGUGCCAAGUCUCUCAGUAUGACCACUGCUACUAACUGGCUCUUCAACUGGGCUAUUGCCUACUCUACUCCCUACCUCGUCGACUACGGCUCCGGAAAGGCCAACCUCCAGUCCAAGAUCUUCUUCAUCUGGUUCGGCUGCUGUUUCCUGUGCAUUGCCUUUGUCUACUUCUUCAUCUACGAAACCAAGGGACUCUCUCUUGAGGAGGUCGACCAGCUCUAUGAUGAAGUCAGUGUUGCUAGCAAGUCCACUAAGUGGCGGCCCACUGAGUCCUGGGAGCACCGACAGAGUGUCUCUGGCCCUGGAGGCAAGAUGUUUGGUGGUAAUGAUCACCAGGGAGAGGUUUCCCACAACGAGAAGAACGAGGCCUAA